CUAACUGAACACAAGCGAGCGGCAGGACUGCAUGGAUCCUUGUUGCCGCCCCCUUCCUUUCCUACGUGCCCGGCCGCGGAACGAGCAUAACGCAUUCCCUUUAUGUUCGCAGGCUACGGCUGCGUUCUAGGAAACAUGAGACGGGUGAGUUAUACAGAGUCCGGGGCGCCGAGCGGCGGGCCGCUGAAUAAAGCUGAGAGGCAGCGGCGGUUCGUGUGGUUUCAGCUCAGGAACUUAAAACGUGAACAUGUGAGCAGGGAAUGGGCGACUGGACUCGGGAUUAUACACGACACAGAGACACACAGGGAGGGGAGCUGAGCAGGAGAGACGCGAGGAUACUGUGCGAGCUCCAAUCAACGCCAUCCAAAAGGAGGUUUAUUGUGCAGUGACCACGGGGGAAUAUACCUCGGCGAAGAUGAAUACCAUUGUUUUUAACAAGUUGAGCAGCCAGGUCCUGUUCGAGGAGAAGGCAAAGGAGGCUGAGAUGAGCAGCAGAAACUAUUUAGAAGUCAUGGACGGGCAACAUCCAGACCUUCUUUCCAGUAGCCAAGCCAUGAAAGACAACGCUGCCAGACACAGGAGAGCUGGGGGUCGUCCAAACGGCGGAAAGGUGCGACAUAAACGUCAGGCUCUUCAGGACAUGGCCCGUCCACUGAAGCAGUGGCUAUACAAGCACAGAGACAACCCUUAUCCCACCAAGACGGAGAAGAUACUGCUGGCUCUCGGCUCGCAAAUGACCCUGGUACAGGUCUCCAACUGGUUCGCCAACGCGCGGCGGCGUCUGAAGAACACGGUGCGGCAGCCCGACCUGAGCUGGGCGCUGCGCAUCAAGCUGUACAACAAGUACGUGCAGGGCAACGCCGAGAGGCUCAGCGUCAGCAGCGAGGACAGCUGCUCGGAAGGUGGCGUAGAAACGAUUCGUUUCUGCCCAGGGAUUGCAGUGGGUCAUCCGCUACAGUUUCGUAACCGGUCUCAGAUAGACACCGACGGCGACAACCCCCAGCGGACGGCGAACGGCGUGGGCGUGGGCGAGCACGGCCAGCCCAUGUACCAGAGCGUCAUCAAGAAGGAGGGCUCCUCCGGCGUGGUGGGCGUGGCCAUGGACAUGGGGGCGGGGCUGCGGUCGGCGGCGGAGCCCGACGACUACGUGUCCCCGCCCAAGUACAAGAGCAGCCUGCUGCACCGCUACCUGAACGACUCGCUGCGGCACGUGAUGGUGGCCAACGCCGUGAUGGACGCGCGGCGGCGGAACCACUCGGGCUCCUUCAGCUCCAACGAGUACGACGACGAGCUGCUGUCGCCCUCGUCCUCCGAGGCCGAGGCCAACUUCGUCUACCGGGCAGAAACCAUGGAGCAUGGAUCAAGUAAAUGUGACGGCGGGUCCAUCGGAGUGGUGGUCGGAGGCAUGCAGAAGCCGCGGGCAAAGGGCAAAGACGAGCGGUACUGGCGGGAGAUCAACGCCGCCAUGGCGCUCACCAACCUGGCCCAGGUGGACGCCGCCGCCGGCACCACCAGCUGCAUCAUCCAGAAGUCGUCCCACAUAGCCGAGAUCAAGACUGUCAAAGUGCCCAUGGUGCAGAAGUACUAGCAUGGGGAGGAGAGUUGGGUACCCCUCGCACACCACCCACACCACCCAACCACCACUCCCUCUUGGGGAGGGAAGGACGAUGCAGAAUAAAAACAUUCCUCAGAGUUGAACUCGGUACCUAGAAAGAAGAGAAGGUUUGUGAAGAAAGUGGGGAGGAAGGAAGGACGGAAGGAAGGAAGGACAAGAGAAGGCUUCCUGUGAGUCGACGUGUGACACGUGUGUUGGAAAGGCUUCAGGUGAGUCAGGCGACCGGGACGAUGAAGACCCCCUCUGCGUUCCUCGCUAGUGGGACGUGUUUAUAUGAGGCGCGACCGGGGCAACGACCAGACCCCUUUUUAUUUGUGUUUUUUUACCCGGUGGGCUUGUGCGUUUUGCGGUUGGACACGAUGGACAAGAAUGACGUCAGUAUUUCCUAAACGAGACACUUUUGUAAUGUUAACUUAUUUUGAUUGCGUACGAUUUUCUUUCCUUGGUUACCUUUUUUUUUAUACUAUGAAAGUUGUAUCUCGCCAAAGUGCCUUUUCUUUUUGAAGCAGCAUCAAAGAGCUGAUUCUAAAGGUGCCUCUUUGGAAAAACGGUGAAGGAUAUUUUCUACUUCAAUUUAUCUCAAUAUAAAUAUAUACAGAUGUUAAGAGGAAUGGACAUUAUUCAGGAUUGUUUUUUUUUUAUGAAUGAACCCAUGCAAAACGGUUUGUGCCUUAGCGAGUGAAUGAGCUCUGCCUUUUUUGCGAGAGACCUCAUGAACUCAAAUAGCACGCUGUACACACACACACACACACACACACACACACACACACACACACACACACACACACACACACACACACACACACACACACACACACACACACACAGACACGGAAAUGCCCAGGAGCGUUUCUCUCCCCCUCCAGCAGCAUUGUGCUUGUUUUGUCUAAAUGCCUCAUCUUGACUGGAUACUGAGCUCUCUGUUUUGUCUCUGUCGGACGCUGGGGGCCGGGCCGGCCAACAAUAACUGGGGAGACAUUCAGAUGGCUUGGCCCUGCCGUGUGUUGAUAAGCAAGCAAACGCCUCCAGCAUCUCCCUCUGGAACCCCGCCUCUCAGUCUGGCGUUCGUACGACUCCUCUCCAUGUCAGGGGGUUAUGAGCCGCUGAAACAUGCACAGAUGCUGGGCCGGGACUGAGGGAAGGGUGAAGUCAGUUUGUGUUUUUGUUUUUUUCCCGCAAACACAUUCACACACAUCUUACUUAUAGGUUUUAAACACGAGAGGAUCAUCACCCAAAAAGGGACGUAUUUUUGUAUUUAUUUCUGUGUUAUCGCUCGCCUUUAACGUGGGCAGGGGUGCCUUUGCUCAAAUGUUUCUGCUCUGAACAAUGUAGAUCGAGAUGAAUCCCCCCCCCUCAUAACCCAGUCCCCCCCCCCCCCCUCUCUGAUCCAGCCGUUUGAUCCUCAGCUCUCUCAGCUGUGGAGAAUUAACUUCAAAUUGCUGUUUACAAGCAGACAGAGGGACAGACUUGAAAGUUAGACUUUUUUUUCUCCACACGUCUCCCCCAUUUUUUUUCAUCUCCUUUUUUUUGUACUUCAGUAUUAUCUCUUUGUCAGCCAGCAAGUGUUCAGAGUGCUUGUUUGAUUGAGUUUGUAUAUAUGUGGUUGUUUCGUUUCUAGCCACCCCACCCCCUAAAACCUCCUUCCUUUUAUUUUUUCACUCGGUUUUCACUUUAGCCCGAGCGCAUUAAGAUGCUUCUAACGUGAUCCGAUGGAAAAACUCUUCUUUGAAUGCUUCUAAAGUAUGUACAAGCGCACAUGUUAUUUACAUUGCAGCAAAACUACGCCAAGUACAAAACCUAAGAAAGAAAUUAAGGUUGAAAACCAUCGCGACUAAGUGAAAUUGGCUCUCGGUCUGCUGACUCUUUAAAAGUUUAUGCGUAACUUCACGGUACUGUUUGUGUGAUAAAAUGCCCACUUGUUUAUUCGUUGUGCAGUUUUUGGCCUUUCUUGUAACAACCCCAGCCUGGACUCGCGGUUGAGAACAAAAAAGAAAAAGAAGCUUCACAACUUGUUUCAAUUCCAACAUUUUCUUAUUUCUUUCUCCCUGGAAUUGCUAAAAAGUAUAUUCAACAAAAAAAAAAUAUGAAGAGCUGCACUUACAGUAAGAAACCUCAACUUGUGCAAGGGUUGUGGCAGGGCAUUCAGGAUGACAACAGCCAUGCGUUUACUUUACACGCUGGUGAAUGACAGACAAAACCGAAACCGGGGGGGAAAAGCCUAUAUAAUAUUCCUGUUGGCGUGCCUAUGGAAGCAUAACAAAACACAAUCACGACAGACGAUCCUGAGGCUCUUCUUGCUGGGUAGGAGGUGGUGGUGGUGGUGGGAGGGGGGGGCUCCACAUGUGUUUUGUAUACACCUGAUCCGGGUGGUGGCAGCCGCAGGGUUUCGUCAAACCUCCCCCCUGCUUAGUGUGUAUCCAGCAGCUCUCCUAGGUCCUCAGAAGAGCCGGCGGGGCCGUCACACGGAAAACCCGGCCUCUCUCGGGGCGAGAAAACAAGACAAGGGGGUGAAGGUGGUUUUAACCCCACUCCAUCCAUCCCCACCACGCUUACACCACUCACACGUACGCGCACACACACACACACACACGUUUCCUAUUCCAACGGGCUUGUCCGGAGAGAGGUCUGCUAUCACCUACACACAAGACUCAGCGCAACGGUUUUACGGCCAACUGUACUGUACUGUACUUUUACAUUUUGACAGCUCCUACAACUGCUCCUCUAGCGACACAUGAAAGAAAAGAAAAAACGGUUUACUCUUUGACGUGAUAUGUUUUAAAAAGUUUAUAAAUUAUUUAGGAACUGUAAAAAAAAAAAUAUGACAACGAAAGAAAAGUGGUCACGAUAGUUUUUGUUUCAAAAACAAAUUGCUAAGUUAUAUGAAUUGUGUUGAUGUUUUGUUUUCUUUUGAGAGAGACUGGAUGUUUAUCCAAUGACCAAAUACAUAUCUUGUUGAAUUGUCCGAAUUGCUCUAAUGUAAAAGUUAAUUUUUUGUAAACAUUGUUAUCCUCUCAAAACAAUGAAUAAACCUUUUA